AUGGUGGAAGAAAAUGGAACUCUGAUGACACAGUUUGUGCUCAUGGGGCUUACAGAUCACCCAGAGUUGCAGGUCCCCCUGUUCCUGGUGUUCUUGGUCAUCUACCUCAUCACCAUGGUGGGAAACCUGGGACUGAUUGCUCUCAUCUGGAAGGAACCCCGUCUUCACACACCCAUGUAUUUAUUCCUUGGCAGUUUAGCCUUGGCAGAUGCUUGUACUUCAUCCUCUGUGACUCCGAAGAUGCUUAUGAAUUUUUUAUCCAACAAUCACAUGCUGUCCAUUUUUGACUGUAUGGCCCAAUUUUAUUUUCUUGCUUCCAGUGCAACCACAGAAUGUUUUCUCCUGGUAGUGUUGGCCUAUGACCGCUAUGUCGCCAUAUGUAACCCCUUGCUUUAUCUGGGGGUGAUGUCCAAUAGCCUCUGUAUUCAAAUGGUAAGUGUUUCAUAUGUUACUGGUUUUCUGCAUUCUAUGAUUCAUGUAACUUUGUUGUUCAGAUUAACUUUCUGCAGAUCCAACAUAAUACAAUAUUACUACUGUGAAAUUUUACAAUUGUUCAAAAUUUCUUGCACUGAUCCUACAGUCAAUACACUCCUGGUUUUAAUUUUUUCAGUCUUUAUACAAGUCUUUACUUUCCUGUCCAUCAUAGUCUCUUAUACUUGUGUCCUUUUUGCUGUCUUGAGAAAGAAGUCUGAAAGGGGCAGAAGCAAAGCCUUCUCCACAUGUAGUGCCCAUCUACUCUCUGUCUUUUUGUUCUAUGGCACUAUCUUCUUGAUGUAUGUGAGUCCUGGGUCUGGACCAGAUGAAAAUCAGAACAAAGCAUAUUCUUUAUUUUACCCAAUGAUAAUUCCCCUACUAAAUCCUUUCAUUUAUAGCCUGAGAAACAAGGAGGUUGCAGGUGUCUUGAGAAGAAUAAUGAACAAAUAA